UUUUAAGCUGAACAUUCUUGAACGCCUCCUGCCCUUCCCAGGAAGGAAGCAAUACUUUCACUUUCUUUUCUGCCUCACUCUUUGCAGCAUGGCGUCUCUUGAUCUAGAAGAAGAGCUGAACUGCUCCAUCUGUCUGGAUAUCUAUAAGGAUCCCGUGUCACUAAGAUGUGGACAUAACUUCUGCCAGGACUGUGUGGUGUCUGCACUGAAGGCACAGAAGUCCAGACCUUAUACUUGUCCUGAAUGUAAAGCCAACUAUGCCGAUUGGCCUCUACUGGAGAAAAACAGGAAGCUGAAUAACAUAGUGGAACGUUUCCUAUCUACUCCGAGAGCCCAGGCGAAGAUAUUGUGUAUGUAUUGUCUUAAAUCUUCUAUACCGGCUGUUAAGAGUUGCCUGCACUGUGAGGUCUCUCUCUGUGCAGAGCACCUGGAGGCCCACAACAAGAGCUUGGACCAUGUUCUAACGGAGCCCACCUCCACCUUCAGUAAUAAAAAGUGCUCCAUCCACAAGAAACCGUUGGAGUUCUACUGCUGCGAAGAUGCCACAUGUCUGUGCACAUCCUGUUGUUUGGUUGGAAUGCACAAAGGACACGAGGUGAUCAUUCUAGAAGAGGCCGCUGCAGAGAAGAAGGGGAGACUGAGAAACGCUCUGGAUAAACUUACCCCGAAGAAAAACAAACUUGAGAAACAAGCCCAGAGUCUGCAGGAGCGCAAGGCCAAAGUGCAAGGGAAAGCAGGUCACGAAAAGCAACAGGCUACCAACCUGUAUAAAGAUAUCAGGAGGCAGCUGGGGCUCCAAGAGAAACAGGUCCUCAGUGAUAUCUCCAAGAUGGAAGGACAAGUUUACCUCAAAGUCUCCAAUGCGAUCAAGAAGGUGGAAUCACAAAAGGUCGAGCUGUCCAAGAAGAUGAGUCAAAUUAAGCAGCUGAGCGACAUGACUGACCACAUAGCUCUUCUGCAAGAACAGCAACCAAACAUGGAUGAAGCUUCUGAAGACCAAGAUGUGAAAGAUGAUGGAGAUCUGGUUGUCCCAGAUCUGGAUGAGGUUUUGAUCGUGCUGACUUUGCACAAAUCCAUUACUGAUUUUAUGAGCAAUGCAAACUUGAAAGUUGCUUCCCACGUAAAAGAGGCUUCUGACUUGAUUCUGGAUGUCAACACUGCACAUAUGAACGUGGCUUUAUCACAUGACCUGAAGGCAGCAUCGUUCUCCACAACACCUCAGGUGAGAUCAGAAUUACCGGGGAGAUUUAAAUACUGGAGUCAGGUGUUGAGCACCAAGAGCUUCUCCUCAGGGCGAUACUUCUGGGAGAUAGAAACCAGUGAGCUUGGACUAUGUGGCUUUGGAGUGUGCUACCCUAGCAUGGAAAGGCAACGAGACGGAUCUGGUAUUGGAGACAACAACAAGUCCUGGAGCUUACUCCAUGCCACAAACACACAUUUAGCUAUACAUAACUUCUAUAAACAGCAAGUUCCUCACAAGUCUUCCUGCACAAGAUAUGGCGUCUACCUGGAUUACAAGUCUGGCCACUUGUCCUUCUAUCAGCUGUGCGAUCCCAUCCUGCAUCUACAUACCUUCAAGGCAACCUUCACUGAGCCCCUGCAUGCUGCUUUCUUUGUGGAUGAUGGUGCCUGGGUGAAGAUCAACAGUUAA